UUGCGUGGCUGCGUCAUGACGUCACCUUUGUAUGCGGAAGUAUGUGACAUCGAGUAGCAGUAGUGUACAAUAAUACGUCAGAACCUUCGUUUUGAGCAGACAAAACACGCAGCUUAUUUUUUUUCAAAAUGUUGAAGGCGGUUAUUUUAAUAGGCGGCCCUCAGAAAGGCACAAGGUUUCGGCCGCUGUCAUUUGAAGUUCCCAAACCCUUGUUUCCAGUCGCCGGUGUUCCUAUGCUGCAGCAUCACAUAGAAUCAUGUGCCAAGGUGCCAAAUAUGAAGGAGAUCUUGCUCAUCGGGUUUUACCAGCCAAAUGAAGAACUCACCAGAUUCCUUUUUAAUGCCCAACAAGAAUUCAAAAUUUCCAUCAGGUACUUGCAAGAGUACGCAGCCCUGGGCACCGGAGGGGGCAUCUAUCACUUCAGAGAUCAGAUCAUCUCUGGUGGUCCCGAGGCUUUCUUUGUUCUUAAUGCUGAUGUGUGCUCAGCAUUUCCUCUCGCAGAGAUGCUCAGCUUCCAGAAAGAACACGGAGAACCAAACAGCUUUGUUAUCCUUGGAACAACAGCAAACAGAACACAAUCUUUGAACUAUGGCUGUAUUGUUGAAAAUGAGAAAACAAACGAGGUGUUGCAUUACGUGGAAAAGCCGAGCACAUUUGUGAGCGACAUCAUCAACUGCGGCAUCUACCUCUUCAGCCCGGACAUCUUCCAGCACAUCGGCGCCGUUUUCCAGAAGAAUCAGCAGGAAAUGCUGCUUUAUCCAUACGACGGAGAGGAGACGACCAACGGUUGGCACAGAGCCGAGGCUAUCAGGCUGGAGCAAGACAUUUUCACUGCCCUGGCUGGACAGGGCAAACUCUACGUUUUUAAAACCCUACGUUUCUGGAGCCAGAUCAAAUCUGCUGGGUCUGCAAUUUAUGCGAGUCGAUUGUACCUGAACCAGUAUCACAAAACUCACCCUGAAAGGCUCGCCACGAAUAAAGAGGGAGGCCCUAAAAUAAGCGGUAAUGUCUAUAUGCAUCCCACUGCCAACAUUGACCCCACAGCUGUGUUGGGUCCUAACGUCUCCAUUGGCACUGGGGUUACUAUUGGUGCUGGGGUAAGGGUGCGUGAAUCCAUCAUCCUCCAUGGUGCAACCCUGCAAGACCAUUGCUGUGUUCUGAACAGCAUCGUCGGCUGGGACAGCACGAUCGGCAAGUGGGCGCGAGUGGAAGGAACCCCCAGCGACCCCAAUCCCAAUGAUCCGUACGCAAAGAUUGACAGCGAAACCCUCUUCCGGGAAGGAAAACUCACCCCGUCAAUUACUAUUCUUGGUUGUAACGUGACCAUUCCCAGGGAGGUAAUAAUACUCAACUCUAUUGUCCUUCCGCACAAAGACCUCAACCGCAGCUUCAAAAACCAAAUUAUUCUCUAGUUAAUCUUCCCCACGCUGUAUUUUUCUUCGCUGUCAGCAGUGGGAGAUACGGCUGGCCUCACGCCCCUUGAGUUACUGUAUAUAUACCAUGUCAGUUGUGAAGAUACGGGACUUUCAUUAAACCCUUUUGAAAGAUAGAUUUUUUAUGUGCUUGUCCUCGAGGCUUUAUGCAUCAUCGGGUGUCAGCAGUAUUCAAGAAAGACCAAUCAUACAUGUUGAUUCACCUUGAAAAGUGUUGACAGGCAACAGAGUUAUUGACUUUACCAAACUGUUAAAUUACAGCCAGUACAUGAGUAAUAUAUUUGAUGGAUGUUAAUGAGAGGUAAAAAAAAACUUUUUAUAGAUAACCACUUUAUAUUUCCCAAGGUUACAAAAGUGAAAUGCAAGUACGGUAAUUAUACGUGGCUAACAUGAUUUGUGUUGACUUUUUUUUUAGCAUCGUCACUAAAAACUGACUCGCGUCGAAAUAAGUCAGUGACUCGAUAUUGACGUAGCAAUCAAGUAGCAUUGUGUUUUCUUUUUACGUGCGCCGAGCAGGGGGCCUUUGUGGGACUGCUGAUAGAAUCAACAGCGCAGGUUAAAUUGAGCUUUUGCAAUCACUGGAGAAAGUCUACCCAUUGAUGGAUACGCCACAUUAGCAUUUACUUAACAAGCCCCCCCCCCUCCCCCGCUCUAAUGAUCACUUCUGCACUUUACUUUCAAUUAUUGCUACAUUAGGGAGAAAUGUAAAGUGGGUUUCGGGAGUUGUUGUCGUUUCUACGAGCAAUUUCACUUGCCUUUUUUGCAUCAGAAGGGAUUCAUUUAGGGGGAAAAAGGACCAAAUUAGAACAGAAUAUCCAACUCGGGUUCAUUUUAGUUGUUUUGUUCAAUUCCCGCUUAUACUGUUGUUUUUUCACUUUGUGUUAAUUAUGUUUUGCUGUGACUUUUGUAAGACUCGACCCGCGUUCUUUGAUUGAACAGUCACAGGCUCGCUCUUUCUGAACGAUUUAACAUUUAUUCAAUAAAAUUCACAGGUGAAAAUGA